GGGGCGGGAGCUGCGCGUCCGGGCCUGGCCAAGCAGAGUCUCGGGCUCUGUGCAUCUCUUCGGGAGCGGCGCGGGAAGGAUGCUCGUCCGCAGGGGCGCGCGCGCGGGGCGCGGGAUGCCGCGGGGCUGGACCGCACUCUGCUUGCUGAGUUUGCUGCCCUCUGGGUUCACAAAUACAGAGAGCUUGACUACUACUGCCACAAAGUCAUCUACCCCAGGAAUAUCUUCAACUGUCCCUACAACUAUACCCAACCAGGAAAGCACAGUAUCAAGUACUUUUGGAAACAUCAGCCUCUACGCUGUCUCUCAGGACAUCAAUGGGAGCACAGCAGCCAUCUCAGAGCCUACAGUCAAUUUCACAUCUACCUCUGGAAUCACCCCAGUCCCUGGAACCAUGAACUCUUCUGUCCAGUCACAGACCUCUUUAGCCACCACAGUGUCUUCUACCCCCAUCAACUUUACAACUUCAGAGAUGACCUUGCAGCCCAGCAUGUUACCUGGAAAUAUUUCAGAUUCCCCAUACAAUAGUACCAGCCCUGUGACAUCUCCUACUAACCCCUAUACAUCAUUUUCUCCUAUCCCAAGUACCAUCAAGGGGGAAAUAAAAUGUUCCAGAGUCAAAGAAGUGAAAUUGACCCAAGGUAUCUGCCUGGAGCUAAAUGAGACCUCCAGCUGUGAGGAGUUUAAGAAGGACAAUGGAGAGGAACUGACCCGAGUCCUAUGUGGGAAGGAGCAGGCUGAGGCCAGGGCGGGGGUGUGCUCCUUGCUCCUGGCCCAGUCUGAGGUGAGGCCUCACUGCCUGCUGCUGGUCUUGGCCAACAGAACAGAACUUUCCAGCAAGCUCCAACUUCUGAAAAAGCACCAGUCUGACCUGAAAGAGCUGGGCAUCCAAGGCUUCACUGAACAAGAUGUCGGGAGCCACCAGAGCUAUUCCCGAAAGACCUUGAUUGCACUGGUCACCUCGGGGAUCCUGCUGGCUGUCUUGGGCACCACGGGCUAUUUCCUGAUGAACCGCCGCAGUUGGAGCCCCACAGGAGAAAGGCUGGGCGAAGACCCUUAUUACACGGAGAACGGUGGAGGCCAGGGCUAUAGCUCAGGCCCUGGGGCCUCCCCUGAGGCUCAGGGAAAGGCCAGUGUGAAUCAAGGGGCUCAGGAGAACGGCACCGGCCAGGCCACCUCCAGAAACGGCCAUUCAGCGAGACAACACGUGGUGGCUGAUACCGAACUGUGACGGGGGCGAGCGGGCGGGGCGAGACUGGGCAAAGUCUGGGGAAGGAGCCCCUCCCUGCACCUGAGCACGUGCUGUCUCCCUGCUGGAGGAGCCUCCCUCACUCUCCACCCUUUCCCACUGCACACCCCCUCGGAGGCCGUUCCUGGGACCCUGCCCUGUUCCAGGCCAAGGGGUUCUCGCCGCCUUGGGGAGAGACAGGUAGCUCCUGCCCUUUCCACAUUCAGCUCCCUGCACCCAGCUUCUGGGCUGCUCUGCGUAAAGGUGUGAUAGGGAAAGCCAAGGUGCAGAGAAACUCCCUCGGGGGGUUGAUGGUCUUGCAGCUUCCACACAGGGUCCCCUUCCCUCCCCCUCCUCUCUGCCUCAUUAUAGGAACUCCCAGGGGAAAGCACAGGCUUUUCUGGGCUGUAAUUUCCUCCCAGGAGACUUUGCCUUUAACUCUUUCUUCGUUAUAUUUUCUUUCUCUACUUUAGGGAAACCAAAAGCAACCCCUUUCACCUGCUCCUUUGUAAUGAUAUAGACAGAAAAUCAUGUUGUCUUAAACCAUCUCCCUCAUUCCCCCUCUAAGGCACUGUGGAUUCCGUCACCAGCUCCCCUCUUGCUCUCCAAGUUCCCUGAGCUCCACAGGCCCCGCCCUCCUCCCCCCCCCCCCAAGUUUUAGAACAAUGUCCUGUGUCUGUGUGUUUGGGGUGCAUGGACACACAUGUUCAUAAAUGGGCACACACAUGGGCACAAAUGGGUGAGGGCACAUAGCUUGGCCCUCAUCUCUGCGGGGCCACGCAGAGUUUCUGCUUGGGGUGCUGUUUCUCCCUGUGGCUCAGAGUGGACAGGACCGUGGGACCAGAUCUCUGAGCCGUGCCUCUUGACCUGUGUGCUUCUGAGGAAGACUCUUGCGCUGAGGCUAGGUUCUGACCUUAACCUCUGUCUCAACGGCUUCCUCCCUCCUCUCCCUGACUCCUGGGUUGAGCUGUGGCCUCAGCCUCCCAGCAGACUUCCUUUCUGUCUCUGCCUUCCCAACCCUUAAUCCUUUUACUGCUCUGCAAACCAUGUGGUCAGGGCCCCAGCACAUCUCCAGAGGACCCUCACCACCAGCCACCUUUUCUGUGAGUGACCCAGGUCCUGUUUUUGUUUCUGUUUUUUUCCAGAGGGGUGAAAAGGGAUCCUGGUUUCAAUGACGGUUGGAAAUAGAACUUUCCAGAGAUAGGAAGAUGGGGUGGAUUUUUUUUUUUUUCUGAAUAAAAAAUGGUGUGUGUAAAUACUGUAAUUAAAGUGAUACUGAAACAUA